AUGAACACACAUAAGCAAAAAAAUGAGAAGCAAACAAGAACUGAAGUUUCUGAUCAUAGCCUUAUUAUGUUUUUGCAUUCAUCAAUCUCAACAAGUCUCUGUUCAUUCACAGGAUAUUAAAACGGAAGCAAAAGUUCACGGUGAGAAGAAAUUUGGGCAUGGAACUAGCGGUGGUGGAGGGACAGGUGGCGAUACAAACGGUGGUGGGUCCCACUCACCGUACGGGCAGGGAGGUGGCGGUGCAAUACCCGUCUAUGCCGCCGGCGCGCUGAAUAACCACCACUACCAUCACGGCGGAGUAAACCACCCCCACAAAACCAAACCUGCAACUUUGACCAUAGCUACUACAUUUGCAUGCCUUUUUCUUCUGUGUUUUUUCAUAAUAGACUUGUAAGUAAACACCUUUGAUGAUGUAAGAUAGAAUUAAUAUAAGGAAUAAAUGAUGCCUUGUUUGAAU